ACUCAAGAGCAUCUGAGUUUAGUUUUUUAUUCCAUCCAAAGAAGGAAGGACAUCGAUAACGCGGGAGAGAUCGCUGACUCCUUCUUCAUCUACUUCCCAUUUUUAAUUUAUUAGAGAUUUAGAUUAGAUGGAGAAGAAUUCCAAUUUUCUCUUCUUUGAAUUAACCAUUCAUUCAACAUUUCUUUUCUCUCUCAUAUUCUUUUUUGUGAAGAAUCAAAAUUAUUUGUCUCCUCCAUUACCGUCUCGUAAUCAAAGGUGUGCCUAGAAAUCGAUACAGAUUGUGGUUAGCGGUGGUGGUGGUAAUGUCUUGGCUUAGGACUGCUGUUAAUAAAGCUGUUGAGGUUAGUGGCAAAAACAAUCUAACUCGAUAUGUUCGUGAUUACGCCGAUACUGUUGUUCAACAUGCUGGUCAAGCUGUUGCUGGUGGAGCGAGAAUUUUUCAGGAUCGCAUUGGAACUCGAAAUUUGAAAAGUUAUAAGCAAACUAUAAAGGGAUUAGAAGAGAUAUCCGUUUCGUGCAGAGGGAUUGAGAGAGUACAACUAUUGAGACGAUGGUUGGUUGCGUUAAAAGAAAUUGAAAGAAUAUCUGGAGAUUCUCUUGAUGAAAAGCCAACAAGUAGUGAACCUCAGGAUUAUAAUGAAUCCAAGGAUUCUCCUAAAAGACCUCCUCUGGUUCUUUAUUAUGAUUCUGAUAUGGUAGAACCUGUGAAUUUCCAAGAUGUGUUUCUGCAUAGUCAAGCUCUUGAGGGUAUGAUAUUAUCUAUGAUACUUGAAAAACCAGAUGAGGAAGAAGUUACUUUACUUUUGGAGAUUUUUGGUCUUUGCCUUACAGGAGGGAAGGAGGUUCACAAUGCAAUCAUGCGCAACAUACAAGAACUGGCAAGAGCAUUUGUUUGCUACCAAGAUGAAGUGUUGGUUAAGCGGGAAGAAUUGCUUCAAUUUGCACAGAGUGCAAUAUCGGGGUUGAAGUUAAAUGCUGAUAUUGCGAGAAUAGAUGCUGAAGCCUCAAAUCUACAAAAAAAGCUCGAGUCAAUGAAAGUUUCCGCCUUGCUUCCUAAUGAAGAUGAUGAAUCAUCUGACAAAACAGCUAUUGCGUCAGUUGAGGCGAUAAAAGAACCACUGGCAGAUAUCCGACUUUGUUCCAGAAUGGAAACUCUUCUACUAAAGAAGAAAUCCCUAAACAAUGGGGACUCACCUGUGACUCAUUCUCAAAAGGUUGAUAAGUUGAAGGUCAUAUCAGAAUCUCUUGCUAACUCAACCAUGAAAGCCGAAAAACGUAUAUCUGAUCACAGGAUUCACAAAGAAGAGGCCCUUAGCUUUCGUGUGGCUAAAGUUAGUGAAGUUAGUGAAGCUGAGAAGGAACUGGCUACUGAGAUUUCAGCUCUUGAGAAGCAAAAGGAAGAACUUGAAGCUGAAUUGCAAAAGGUCAAUGGUUCCUUAACUGCUACUCGUGCACGCCUUCGCAAUGUCAGGGAAGAGAGAGAGCAGUUUGAUGAAGCUAGCGAUCAAAUUGUUGCGCACUUAAAAACAAAGGAAGAUGAGCUAUCGAGAUCAAUAUCUUCUUAUAGAGCAGAAGCUGAUGUUGUUAAUACAUGGAUCAGUUUCCUGGAAGAGACUUGGGAUCUGCAGACAUCACAUACAGAGCAAAAGGAUGAGCAGGCAAAUGAGGAAUUGGCGAAAUAUGGUGAUCAGUUUCUGAAGUUGGUCAUUUGUUAUCUUUCUGCGUAUGAGGUAGAGUUGGGGCCUCUUAUCAACAACAUCAGGAUUGUCGUGAAUAACUUGAAGGUUUUGAAUCAAGGGGAAGAGAAGUCUCUUAGGGGAAAUAGUGACAAUCCUGUAGUAACAAGCUCACGCAAAAGACUUGAAGAGGAAUAUCUGGAUUUUGAAUCGAAGAUGGUGACAACUUUCAGUGUUGUGGAUGACAUUAAAGAGCAGUUCUUUGCCCAACAGGAAAAUCUAUCAUGGAAAAAUGAGCCAAGGGUUAAAGAGUUGUUUGCUGCGAUUAAUCAAAUAAAAGAGGAGUUUGAGUCUAUUGAGAGACCAGUUCUUCAAAUUGAGAAGAAAGUCUCGACGCCGAAGGCUGUGACCCCAUCUAGAAGAAGGUUGCAGAGGAGUUUUUCUGAAUUACCUGCUCAGAGAAUCGAAGUUGUACCCGUCGAGAAGGACGAAGAUCCCCAUUCUUCUUUGGUGAAGGACCGAAGGUCAUUAGACUCUGAAGCUGAAUUGGCACCUCUGGAAUUUCUGCAAGACUAGCCGAGACUAUUCAGUAAGGUACUGAGGUAUCUUUGUACCAUGCUUACGGCUUACCCGAAUAAUUUUAUAGAAACUCUUUACUGAUAUUUUUUAAUGGUGUUUUUUAUUACAUAAUCUAAUCUUUUUAAUGGUGUUUUUUGUUACAUAGAAACGAUAAUUAGUUGAAUUUCGUUGUCAAAUUCUGGUUGUAUACAUGGCGUACAAUUGAGGACCCAUCUGUAUUAGAUGACCACUGUAUAUGUUCUACUACGAUCCAUCACCACCAUUUCAUCAUGACCACUGUAUAUGUUCUGUACAUACAAUUACCAAGUUUCAUAUAGA